AUGAAAUACACAAUUUGUUUCUUUCUGGCCCUGACUUUGGUCCUAUUUAUGGGCCAGAAAUGUUGGGCUGCUCCCUCGGCCGAUGAUUUGGCCAAAUUCGGAGAAAUGGAGCGAACCAUCAAGGAGCUGACCAGUUCUAUUCUGGCCAUGAGUGGAGCUACACCUGGUUUUAGUCCUGGCGAUAGAAAUGCCAAUAAUGUUUGGCCUGACGAUCUUCAGGCUUAA